AGACGCAUGGCGGCCGCGGCGGGGCCGCCCCCGGAGCCCUGACCCCGGGGGUCGCCGGGGCACCGGGGCCAUCGGCUGGGGCGCCGGCGGGCGCGCCCUGGAGGGCGGAGGCGCCAUGGCGGAGCCCAGCGUGGUGAAGGGGGUGCAGGACUACAUCCGGGCGAUGAUUGAUAGAAUCCCCGGGAUGAAGGUGCUGAUCCUCGACCCCGAGACAAUUGGCAUUGUCAGCAUGGUCUUCUCGCAGAGUGAGAUUCUCCAGAAAGAGGUCUUCCUCGUGGAACGCAUCGAUGCCGAGGGGUCGGAGAGGAUGCGCCACAUGAACGCCAUCUGCCUACUGCGCCCGACAGAUAAGAACUUCAUCCUGCUCUCCGAGGAGCUCAGGGAGCCAAAGUAUCACGAGUACCACAUAUUCUUCACGAACGUGGUGCCGCACGCGCGUCUGGAGCAGCUUGCCGGGUGCGACGAGCACGAGACCGUGCAGCAGGUUCAGGAGAGUUCUUCGCGGACAUCUACGCCAUCACCCACGAGCUCUUCUCCCUCAGCAUGCCCUCGUCGGUGCGACUCGCGGAGCACCGGGGGAGG